AUGAUCAUAGUCCUGGCUCGCAUAUUCGUGACGCUAGUCGCAGAGUGCGGGAUUCAAGUACGUCUUGUUGUGUUCGAAUAUUUGGCAUUGGACACAACGAUUGACACCGUCCUGUGUGAACUGGUUCCUGAGGUGGCCCGAACCCAGUUGGAACGGGUAAGGCAGAAGGAAGAACAUCGACGAUUGUAUUUUAUUCGUCACACGCUAGAACAGAAGCCGGGAGAACUAAUUGGAAGCUUGGUGUUGGAUAUCCUGUUACCAUUAACUACAAGUCAGUCUGUUGGAACGACCGGUCGUAGUCGCCUGGAGGAGACCGCUCUCGAAGGUGAGUCUCGAUACGGGGUUGAACAAUGGUAA